AUGGGGUCUUUACCUAAACCAAGAGUCGUACCUUCUCGCCCUUUCUAUUAUUGUGGAGUCGAUUACGCUGGGCCUUAUUUACUAAAAGAUGGUAAAACUCGGAAUAGAGUUAAAAUUAAGGCUUAUGUGUGUAUUUUUAUUUGCCUUAGUACGCGUGCCGUUCAUGCUGAGCUCGUAACCGACCUUAGCACAGAAGGUUUUUUGAAUGCCUUUAAAAGAUUUGUCUCUCGUCGUGGUUUGUGUGGUCAUGUAUUUAGCGACAACGCGACUAACUUCGUAGGUUCGAAUAACGAAUUGCUUAAAUUAUGCCAGGUUGUGCGAGAUUCAGUUAACGAAAAAUACCCGAAUUAUUUCUCAGAGCAUAGAAUAACGUGGCAUUUUAUUCCACCCAAAUCGCCUCAUCAUGGUGGUACUUGGGAGUCUGCAGUUCGUUCGUUUAAACAUCACUUAAAGCGUGUUCUCGGCGAUAAUCAUUUAAAUUUUGAAAAUUUUUACACACUACUAACUCAAAUAGAGGCAAUCUUAAACUCCCGCCCAAUUUUACCCCUCACUAAUGACCUCUCCGACCUAGAAGCUCUUACGCCCGGACAUUUUCUGAUCGGCGAAAGUUUAAUCGCAGUCCCUCCAUCGAACGACAUUGAUAUUCCUGCCAAUCGAUUACGUCACUUCAAGCACCUACAACAGCUCGUACAGCGUUUUUGGUCUUUAUGGAGUAAAGACUAUUUGAAUUCAUUACAACAGAGGUCCAAAUGGCAAACUCGCCAAGAAAACGUUAAGGAAGGCAUCCUAGUGUUGCUGAAAGAAGACAACGAGCCUCCUAUGCGUUGGCCAUUGGGACGUAUAGUGUCUGUUCAUCCCGGAAGUGAUAAUUUAUUGGUAGAACAAGUAUCGUCCAUAAAGUAUCUAGUUAAAGACGCUUGCGACCCCAAAACUGAAAUUUUAGCGAAGAUCGAACAGGCCAGACGUACUUUUGCUUCCAUGAAAACCCUCUUCUCCAGCCGAGAUCUAAGCCUCGAACUGCACAUACUGCUGCGUUGCUACAUCUUUCCAGUAUUUAUCUACGGCGCUGAGAGUUGGACACUCAAUCAGACAUUGGGAAACCGCAUUAACGCUUUUGAGAUGUACUUGUAUUGUCGUAUGCUGGGUAUAUCCUGGAUGACUGAGAGUGACCAAUGA